AUGGCACUGUCUGUAAAUCAGAAACCCAACAGGGCUCCUAGCUACUUUACACCUGCGCGUGGAUUCCCUGAAGAACUCGUGCAGUAUACAGUUCUCAUUGCGACUGAGGCUGGAGUACCAAUCUCUUUAAGGAGGUUCCAGCCGUAUUCCUGGCCUCUCUCGCUGCGUCGGGUGUGCAGGGCAUGGAAGACUGCCAUAGACACUUAUCCUCGGUUCUGGGCAUGCGUGCUGGCCUCUGCGGAAGACCAGGAGUCCUGGAACAUGAUCCUAUCGAAGACCGGAAUUUCGCCUCUCACAGUCUCGACGGCAUACAGUGUUCCGACAAGUGCGCAAGUUGCAACCUUACAGCGGAUUGGGCGGAUGUUUAUCGCACGCGACCGUGCUCCUAUGAGCUGGAACGAUGCCCUGACACUGGCUGGGUGUUUGCCGACCCUCCAAAUCCUUCACUUAACGCGCGGUUCAACUUUCCAUCUUACGGCGUCGCCGCUCAAUCUCGACGCCCCCAACCUGCGAAGCUUGUCUCUGGACUGCGCGGGUUCUCUACACGCACCUCUUCUGCACGCGCUGAAGUUCACCAACGUGUGGAAAGGCUUCCCGUCUUACUUGAAGGAUGUCAUCGCUUUAUGCCCCACCGUGCGGGAGUUGGUUAUCGACGUGCCAGGGUGCACUGAGGAGCGUAUGUGGGACGAAAUUCACGUAGUUCUUGCUGGUACACCUCUGACUUCCAUCAUCAUACAAUUGGCCGGAUGGGCGAGAUUCGCGUCCCCCCCACCCGUCGUUGUACCUGACCUUCGGCGGCUUAUCUGCAAUGUCCCGUCACCGAUGACGUCCUGUGCCCUUGAGGACUUCAUGGUCGACGGUGAAAUCAGUGACAUCUUGCUUAUGCUCAGAGGCAUGCUGUCGUUGCUUUCUCUCGUAGUGGGGUUACACGUCUAUGGCGAAAGCGAUGUAGCGAUACAACCGACUAUCCCUCUUCUCCGCUGCAACAAAGUUGUCUUCUCGUGCAACAUGGGCGACCACGUCGUUGACAUCCUCUCUAAACUGAACGUCCCUCGAAUCCUUUAUGUCCAACUCUACCUUCACCUGGACACGCUCUCGAUUUAUUCCCCAUUACUCGGGCCGACGGUGGAAGUACCAAGGACGCCGAACGGAGACGUACCGGACUGCGCAGACCAAACGAUAGACCGUCGCAGCAUGCGCAAAGACACCAAACAACUUCAACGACUUGGUCCUAUUCUCCAGAGGAUGACGGACGGACGGACCUCCCUCCACAUUCAUGCUAAAUCAGACUCUUGGGGAAUGACGACCGUUGACUUUCGCGUACGGGACAACUUUAUCGUCAAACACGACGGCCAGGGAUUACGCAUCACUGUUACCUCGCAUCCUCCGGCUUGUCACGACAAGCAUCGACACUUCAACCUUAUUCCGUUCGCGCACGUCUUGUCUGCGUUUGCAUGGCCGUCUGUCACAACCGUACAACUGUCAUCCUCAAACCCAGGGGUUCCGAUGGUGUUCAGUGGAGGACGAAUGGAUCCCCUGGCAACGACGUUCGCGGAGGAUGGCGAUCUAUUACAGAUGAAUCUUUACGCGAUGGCGAAUGUGGAACGUCUGGUCGUCGACAUCACACAAGAGUCCGAGAAGUACGGUGUGGGCUUGUUUCGCGCCUUGUACCAUGACGAGGAUCGAUGGGUGUGGCCCAGAUUGGAGCAUGUGGAGCUUGUUGCCGGCACAUCCACUCCACGGCAGGGCGUGUGGGUGGAAGAGAUAUCGGCGCUCUUGAAGCAUCGGAACAAGGUCAUGGUCGGGAACAGUAGGCCAAAUCUAACUGUAGUGCUCGGCGCGGAAUUUGGGACCGCCGGGUGGCUUGACGUGAUGCGUCGUGAUAUAGAGGGCACGGGGUGUUUUUGGGUCAAUUGUAGUUAG